UGUACGUUAAGAAACACACAUUCUUCCAAAAAAGAGAGACUUUUUGGUUUUUUCUUAUCUUUCCUCGACGGGAAACCAAAGGCACCAAAUUUAACUAAUUUCUUCUUCAUCAACUAAUUCAUACCGGAUCUCCGACAAAACUACUCUGAUCUGAUCUGUUCCCAUUUUUUUCUUCCUUAUAUUCGCUUGUUUCACGGAUCUACUAUCUUCACCUCAAUUUCUUCUUCUUUUCCGAAAGUUGUCACCUUUGAGUAUACGACACUUCCGAGAUCUGAUCGUAGAAUUCAGAUGGCGAGGAGUAAACUGGUAAGUGGUCAUGGGAUAUGGAAAUAUUUCAACCCAGCGUAUUAUCUCAGAAGGCCUAGGCGUCUAGCUUUGCUCUUCAUUCUCUUCGUCUCUGUUUCCAUGGUCGUUUGGGAUCGUCAAACUCUUGCCCGAGACUACCAGUUCGAAGUUUCCAAGUUAAAUGAAGAAGUUUUGCGGUUGCAGCUGAUGUUAGAAGAGGUGAAAAGUGUCACGGAGGAUGUAUCUGUGAAGGCUUUUAAGGAUGUCCAGCAAAAUCCAGUUGAUGCCCAGCGAAUGCAGAGAGUAAAAGAAGCAAUGAUUCAUGCUUGGAGUUCGUAUGAAAAGUAUGCCUGGGGACAAGAUGAGCUUCAGCCCCAGACAAAAGAUGGCGUUGACAGUUUUGGUGGCCUUGGAGCAACAAUGAUAGAUGCAUUAGAUACACUCUAUAUUAUGGGUCUAGAUGAGCAGUUUCAGAAAGCCAGAGAGUGGGUGGCAACCUCGUUAGAUUUCGACAAGGAUUAUGCGGCCAGUAUGUUUGAGACAACCAUAAGAGUGGUGGGAGGGCUUCUCAGUGCGUAUGAUCUUUCUGGGGAUAAACUUUUCCUUGAAAAGGCUAAGGAUAUUGCAGACAGAUUAUUGCCUGCAUGGGACACUCAAUCUGGAAUCCCAUAUAAUAUUAUCAACUUGAGACAUGGAAAUGCUCACAAUCCUACAUGGGCAGGGGGAGACAGUAUUCUUGCAGAUUCUGGUACUGAACAGCUCGAGUUUAUCGCCCUUUCACAGAGGACUGGGGAUCCAAAAUAUCAGCAAAAGGUAGAAAAGGUUAUUUCAGUACUAAAUAAGAACUUCCCUGCUGAUGGUUUACUUCCGAUCUAUAUAAAUCCCGAUACAGCUAAUCCAUCGUACUCUACCACGACAUUUGGUGCCAUGGGAGACAGCUUUUAUGAAUAUUUGCUCAAAGUUUGGGUGUUUGGGAGCAAAACUUUAGCAGUGAAACACUAUAGAGAUAUGUGGGAGAAAUCAAUGAAUGGUCUGCUAAGCUUGGUUAAGAAAUCAACACCUUCGUCGUUUACAUAUAUCUGUGAGAAGAGUGGAAGUUCUUUGAUCGAUAAGAUGGAUGAAUUAGCAUGCUUUGCUCCUGGAAUGUUGGCUUUAGGAGCAUCUGGGUAUAGUGAUCCUGCUGAAGCAAAGAAGUUUCUCUCACUUGCUGAAGAGCUUGCAUGGACAUGUUAUAACUUUUACCAAUCAACACCAACAAAACUGGCUGGGGAGAAUUAUUUCUUCAACUCUGGGAGUGACAUGAGUGUUGGAACGUCGUGGAACAUAUUGAGACCAGAAACCGUCGAAUCACUGUUUUAUCUCUGGCGGUUAACUGGCAACAAGACAUACCAAGAUUGGGGAUGGAAUAUAUUUGAAGCUUUUGAGAAGAAUUCACGCAUAGAGUCUGGAUAUGUCGGCUUGAAAGAUGUUAAUACAGGCGUUAAGGACAACAAGAUGCAGAGUUUCUUCCUAGCUGAGACUCUCAAGUAUCUGUAUCUCCUCUUCUCGCCCACAACGGUCAUUCCCUUGGACGAGUGGGUUUUCAACACAGAAGCUCAUCCACUUAAGAUUGUUCCAUGGAAUGAUCAGGCUAAUCUUGGACAAUCCAACAGCGUGCAGCAACGCAAACCAAUUAGAUUACGUCAGAGGCGGUUUGGUCGGGAUCGGAUAGGAAAUAAGUAAGCUCAAACGCUCGCUCGAGAGAACACAGUGUGAAUCUUUGGCUAUUCAAAGACCCUUCUAAUUAUGGUCUUUUGUUGAUUUAUUGAAAGAACCAUUUUACAAAGAUUUCAGGAUAGACACUUGUUGUAUCAGUUGGGCCGAAAUAAACCUCAUACAGGUUUACCACAAUUA